AUGGGCCUUGAUCCGGGCGACCUAACACGGUCCUCGUCUCCAUCCGGCUCUGAGGCAUCGCAGCCGAAAUCUCGAGCUCAAGCAGUGGAUCAAAUACAUAUAAAGGAUAAAAACUACCGCCGUUAUGCCGCCAGCGUUGACCGAGCCCUAUCCUUGUUUGACACUGCUCUCCAGGAAUGGGCAGACUACAUCUCGUUCCUAAGUCGGUUGUUGAAGGCUCUACAAUCUCAUCCGCCAUCUCUACCCAUCAUUCCAAGCAAAACAAUUGUUGCGCGAAGAUUGGCGCAAUGUCUCAAUCCCUCGCUCCCAUCUGGAGUUCACCAGAAAGCCCUGGAGGUCUACGGCUAUAUAUUCUCCAUCCUUGAGCCAGAUCGCCUGUCCCGAGAUCUUGCACUCUACCUACCUGGAAUUGCCCCCACACUAUCUUUCGCAUCGUUAACCGUUCGACCGCUUUUUCUCUCCUUGGUUGAGGCCUAUAUAGUUGAUUUGGACCCGUCAGCACUCCGCCCAGCAUUAAAAUCCAUUAUCCUAGCGUUGCUUCCAGGGCUAGAGGAGGAAACAAGUGAAGAUUUCGAAGCCGCUAUAAGGAUAGUGAACAAAUUUCGGAAAAUAAAUCUCAGGGAAGACUCUUUGUCAGAUUCGAAUAACGACACUAGCAGCCAAUACUUCUGGCAAUGCCUCUUCCUCGCCUCCAUAACUAACCCAAGUCGGAGACUUGGUGUGCUUGCAUAUUUGAAUCGCUAUCUUCCCAAGCUUGGUGGAACAAGCCCAUGGUUGAUAGACUCGGAAAGCGGCAAAGCAGAUAGAGGCUCUAGCUUACUUUCAAUAGCAGACUCCAUUAUUAUGCCAGAGCCGGGGCUACUAAUUCGAUGCUUUGCGACGGGUCUUUCUGAUGAACAGCUUCUUGUGCAGAGAAACUUUUUGGAUCUUCUUGUUACUCAUUUACCCCUUCAUUCUCCCGUAUUACAAAAUCGGACCACUCCAAAUGACCUCGAGAUUUUAGUUGCGGCAGCCGCCGGCGUGGUGACAAGAAGAGAUAUGAGUUUAAAUCGCCGCCUCUGGUCAUGGUUUUUAGGCCCGGAAACGUCAAAUGGCGCGCAAGAACUUAGUCUUGGUGAAGCAGAGCCGCAGUUAUCUUCGGGACAUGAGGCAAGCCGUGUCUUUGAUUACGAAAAUGCGAAGUUCCAGUACUUCAGUCGUUUCGGCCUAAAACCCCUUGUUCAAAGCAUCAAGACAAUGAUAAAUCGCAAUUCUCUUCAUCCUCCAGAAAGAGCAAAGCCGCUCAAGAUAUCACUGUCUUUGAUGGAUCGCUGGGAAGUGGGAGAACUAGUUGUUCCAGCAAUAUUCCUCCCAGUUAUGCGUAGCGUUCAACAAUAUGAACAACUAGCGUCUUCAACUUCGAAUUUCGAAGAGGUUUUUAGAAGUGCAAGUGCUUUUUUCGACGGAGUUGAGAGCAGCCUGAUAUUCUCUGAGCUCCUUUCCCUUGUUCACGUUGAUCCGUCGGGCAUUCAAACUCGAUCUGGCCGUGCCAUAAAAGACCUUAAGCUCACGAAUUUUAUUAUCUCCCGUUUCAAUAUGGGGGAGGAGGAAAUGCUCAUUUCCCACAUCCCGUUAUUGUUGUUAGCGCUCCUUGUUAAAAUGAGGGUUAUUUCGUCAAGUACUGAGGGUGGAUUUGAUCAUCAAAACAUUCAGUCCGCAGCACUGAACGAGACUUCACUGAUAGUCAAGCAUCUCUUGGAAUUGAUUCCAGACAGAGUAUUUCACGAUGGAAUUGUGACAGAUCCAACUCGACAUGAUCAACCUCUUGGGGAAUUCCCCGACAUUGCCAGCGAAGAGAUUAUCAAGUCGAUAAUUGGGUUCUACAAGACAAGCAAAGCAAAUCUCAAAUUACCGCCAUUGCCCUUCUCAUACCGUGAUAUAGGCGAGUUACUUCUCCGAGAAGCCCAGUUUCUGGUACUGGCUGAGUUAGAAUCGGAAAACCACUCCCACUUGAAAGAUCGGGUGAACAUAUUUAUAUCCCUCCUCAAUAAGAUCCGCAAAUCCCAAAUCGUUAAAAACGGGAGACUCUUCUCAACCAUGUAUCACAAACUUCUCUCUAAGUCUACUGAAAAGUUACCUUUUGUUAUGAUUUCAUCGAUGUGCUCUAUUGUGACGACUCUUUACUCCAUCCACGUACCCGGAUUCUAUAUUUCUUAUGAGCAGGUAUCCGAUAUUAUCCCGCCAUUAGUUCAGAAACUUUGGGCCUUUCUCUCGCCCUUGAGCCCCAAAUUUCACGUGGAAUCUGUUCGAUGUCUCUGGCUGUUGCAUUCCGUGACAUGGCAAAAUCAUUUGAUUGAAGCAUCCAUUGCAUCCAUCAUGGUUGGUGCCGAGGGAUUCAAUUCAUCGCAUCUUACAACGAUAGAGGAAACUGAAAAGUUUGUAGUCCUAUGGAAUCAUAGCCAGCAAAUUAGCAUUGAUCCUUCAACUGUGCGCUCUGUUACCGACUACCACUCACACAGUGGUGGCUCAAGAGAUCCGAAAUCUAUCUACCAGUCCUCCAUGCUCGAUCGCCCGUUAUUUCUCGUAUUGGAUUUGCUAUCGGGAGUUGUCAGUGAAGCUUCACUGGUGGUCAAGGAAUGGAUUUCGGAUCUUUCAUCUCUGCACAAGAUAUUUGACAUAAUAAUUUCAAAACUUACCGAUCUUUCAUACCUCAUGGCAUCGGAUCUAGAAGACACAUCCCAGUAUCGCCAUCCCACAGAGCAUGGGGAAGCAAAUCAAUGCCGAUAUCUUUUCGAGACUGCUUCCGGUGUGAUAUCCUCGUUGAGUCGGAUGGGAUGGUCUAUAUUAAUGACGAACACCGUUACAGGACUUGAUAAAUGCCGCAAAAGCUCUGACACUGAUGAUGAUGCCCAGAGCCUAAGUAUUCAAGCCACUUUAAUACGCCUUUCUAUUCAAGCUCUCUCGUCUUGUAUAACGGCCACCAGGGAGCCACAUUCGGAAGAAGAGCGGAUGCAAUUGGCAGCUUUUACCGUAAUGCGCCAGCUUCUAAGUGGACCAGGCGCUGGGCAGCUCGUUGAAAUGGAAUUGGACAACUUCCUAAUCGACCAGUUAUUCUUCUCCUUGGACCACAAAAGGAGUAGUCUCCAGCCUGUCAUGAUCGACACCUUGCUAGCCGCAUUGAAAAUUCGAUUCACUCCGGGAUCUUUAGAGCCUCACGUUCCUUCGUCUGUUACUCGAAGGAAAGCUUCUCUCGAUGCUCUUUCAAAUAUCUCACGUAUAUCGCUAACUGGCGAGAAAUCCGAAAAAGAGCUCCGAGGAGGUGUAGCUCCACUGCCAUCACCACAACUAUUACAAUGUUUGCUAAAAGGGCUUAGCUCCACCUCCUCGCAGAAUGCAGUGCAAAAAUGGGUCAAACUUCUUGUGGAAUGCCUACCAUUGUACUCUGGUACCAUUUUCCAAAUCUUGCUGACGUUGGUAGAAUGUUUGUGUCAACGGAUAAUUGCCUCGUAUAAUGAACUCCAGCUUUUGUUCAAACAAUCCAAUGGAUCUAUUGGGGAGCGUUCAGAGUAUGUUACCAUGGCUCUGCUUGGGGGAUUGGAGAACUGUAUUGCAGUGGCUCAUGAACGCUUAAUUCUCGAGGAAGAGAGUGUUUCUCCCGUGAAAAGCCCAGACCAGCCUCAGGGAUUUUUUGGAAACAUGGUUUCCGGUGUGUUCGCUUCGGAAGGAAACCAUUCUAGGAGCGCUACUGCUAAUGACAGAUUGACUGUUCUGCUUUGCUUUCAAGAUACUGACCCCGAAUCAAUUUCUUCUUUUCAGUAUACCUCGUUGAGAAUGAGAAACCGAUCGCGGCGUAUCUUAGAGCAUCUAUUUAAUGCUGAGGCCUUGGAUUGUUUAGAGACAUUAGUCCAGUUGUGGCACGAUGCAGUAACGGCAGAUGAAACGGCAGGAGCCCGAUCAGUGUUUAAUUUACUUCAUACACUAGAUGGGUCACGACCCAAAGUAACCAUCCCAGCCAUAUUCAAUUCCAUAUACAGCCGAACCGACCCAACUGCGCUGGAGCCUAGCCGCAAGUCGGUUAUGACAUCCAGGCUAUCCGAGGCUGACUUAGUUUCAUUUCUCGUGACAUAUGCUAGAUCACUAGAUGAUGAUGUGUUGGACGAGAUAUGGGCAGACUGCACCACUUUCCUUCGUGAUGUAUUAGCGAACCCGUUCCCACAUCGACACAUCUUGCCACGGUUGAUGGAGUUUGGUGCAGUCUUGGGUGAAAAGAUGGAUCGGACUAAUUUUGGUGACGACCGGCGAGCGAGGAAAGACCUCGGGGAUUUGUUGCUGCGCCUCCUUACGGCGAUACUUACUAGCAAACCAUUAGGCUCAUCACACGAGCCCAUCGCGGCAUCGCGACAGCUAGCGGAUAGCGAGCGAGCGUCAAGGCCUUCUUCCAAAGGCCAGCAGCUCAUUGGACCUGACGAUACAGUUGGAAUCCUCGCAUCAGUGAUGCCCGCGUUGGUUACGACUCUGGGAGAAUCAGACAGGAUAUCCACUGCAAUGUCAAAUAUAUCAGCGAACAUAAUAGCGCCACUAUUUCAUUCAAGACUGUUUCCGCAAAAUGUGAACAAAAGCGUCCUCGACCUCCUCCAACAAAUGUCAAAGAUUCCUGGUGCCUCAAAGUACUGGCGGAAAGAUAUGGGCGACGCUUUCAACGACACCAAAUUCUUCACGACGAAGGUCGGGCUUGUGCAGACGCAUUGGCUUGAUCUGAUUCAUCAUUGGGUCCUGACUGAUAAAGACCGAUUGCCUGACGUUUACUCUCGCUUAUCGACCCCAACAUCUGCCGGGAUAAUGUUCGGCGUAGGUGCUGCAGCUGCGCGACUUGAGGCUGACCGCAAAGCUCAGUUGAAUUUACGGCGAGUGGCGUUAUUAAUAUUAGCUGCAGACGAAGAUCAUUUCGCUACCGAACUCGCAAAUGUCCACCAAAAGCUCGAAGACCUCCUAAUGGCCACCCACAUAUCUUCACCUUCUUCCGUGACUCGAGCGGAAGUAUAUAUGGUCCUCAGAGCACUAGUCUUGAAGACUUCUACCAUCCACCUUGCACCCUUUUGGCCGAUUGUAAACAGGGAACUCCAAGAUGCGAUUUCAGCCAUUGGCCCAGGCCAGCAGGUGGAGACGUAUAACCCUUACUCGCUCUUGCAAGCUUGUAAGCUUCUUGAAACUCUACUUCUCAUUGCUCCCGAUGAAUUCCAGCUUCAGGAAUGGCUAUUUGUUACAGAUACCAUCGAUGCGGUCUAUCCACCAGACCAGUGGGAAUCUGUCGCUCUCGCUGACUCGAUCGCGCAAAGCCUGGGUACAACCACAAGAAGAGACAGCAUUGACCGCUCGACAAGUAAUGGUCUUGGGAAUGGUAAUGGAAAUGAUGGUGAUGACAAUAGUCGCCGUCAGGGAUAUAAAAAUGCGUGGCUUAAUUCCGAACUGAGUCGGGAGACUGCCAAAGACGAGAUAGUUGACAAGGUGCUCAAGCCGUUCUUCGAUCGAUUGAGUAUAUAUGCAUUUGAGAGCACGUAUAGCUUAGGGGCUCCUGAUUUGGAAUGUUUCAAGGAGGAUCUGCUGGCAGAUCUGUUUAAUGAGUUCACAGUAGCAAAUUAAAGUAGAGCGCUUGCGGGCGCAUUGUUUUCCUGUGU